AUGAAUUGGACACUUCCUUUGGUUGCUUGGAAACCGAUUCCAUUUGCAAAUAGCAAUCCCAAUUCUUCCUUGGAAUCUGGAUCUGGUAGUGGCAGGAGCGAAAGCGGUUCCGGCAGUGGUAGCAAAAGCGGAUCUGGCAGCGGUAGCGACAGCAACAGUGAUGAUACCUCUGACAGUGGUUCUGGCUCUGGAUCUGACUCUGGAAGUCGAUCCGGCAGUGGCAGCAGAAGCGGAAGCAUUCUGACAGCAAUGUCACGCCGGAGAGCGGUGAUACAUCCAACAGUGGAUCGGGUUCUGGCUUUGGAUCUGGAUCCGACAGUGGCUCGGAUCUGGCUCUUGCAUGGUUCCGGAAGUGGAUCCACCAGUGGUUCCGAUGAUGAUACUGCCAAUGACGGCAGUGGCUCUGGCAGCGGUUCUGAGAGCGGCUCUGGAUUGGAUUCCGGCAGCGGCUCGGGCAGUCGAUCUGAUAGUGGAAGUGGCUCUGGAUCAGGUUCAGGCAGUGGCUCUGGAUCACGCAGUGGAUCUGGCAGUGGCUCUGAUUCCAUAUAUGGGUCUGGAUCUGGAUCUGGCUCUGGCAGCGGCAGUAGCAAAAAAAGUAGCUCUUCCAGCAAAAAGAGCAAGAGCAGCAGCUACAGCAAGAACAAGAGCAAGGACCAAAGCGCCGCCAUUGCCCCCAGGAGUGAUGAUGAUGAUAGCUUGAAUGUCAGCACGGAUACUAGUUCGGAUGGAAGCAGUGGCAGCAAGAAAUCCAAAAGCGAAAAUUCCAACAAUGACAAGAUGGAGGGAAUGGAUGCUUGUAUCAUUGAAGAUAUGCCCAUUACAUUGAGUUUGGAACAUUUUGUGGCCGUCACAACAUAUUACAGUUUGAUUAGAGACGAUAAUACUUGUGAUACUAGUGACAGUCAUGAAUUGGACACUUCCAUUGGUUUCUUGGGAAACAAUUCCAUUUGCAAAUGGUAA